AUUUUUUGUGAUUUUUUCAUGAACCCUAGGAAAAUAAAGAAGAAAUUUCUGUUUACGUUGGGGGAUUUGUCCCCCAAAUCCCACCCUCCUGGGUAUGCGCCUGAUGGACAGACAGACAAAGAGGGUCUUUCAAAAGUGUCUUUUUCUCAUAGGAAAAUGCAUUAAAAAGAAUUCAAGAACAACUUCAAUAUCCAUCAAUAGUCAUCCUCGACAACCUCUUCUGGUUCUUCAGCAUACUCAUAUUCUCCUUCUUCUCCUUCUCCUCCAACCAAAUCUCCAAUCAUUUUAUCAAUAUUGUCUUCACCAUCUUCGCCAUAGUAUUCGUCAUCAUAGUAUCCGAUAUCAGUUGGUGGUGGGUCAUCAGCUUUAGCUGGACUUGAUGCUGGUUAAUUUAAAUUUUGAAAUAUAAUUCAAUAUAAAAUUAAAAAAUUUGUUUUUUUUUUAA